UUGGCUUAAUUGAAGAUAUGACUAUUCUAAUUCUCAAUAAGCACCGUUCCCUUUCCAAAUAUUAGUGAGCGCUAAUCUAAAUUGUGGUCGUUCCCUUUCCAAAAUUUCUUGAGCGCUAAAAUCCCAAAUCUUCCCUCCCAACAAAUUUGCUUGACUCUUCUUCAACCAAAACAAUCAGAAUAAACCCUAACCCUUUCAUUCUUCAAGCUAAUCAAUCUAAACCUAACCCUUUUCUUCUCAUCACACAAGAUUCUCUCCUGCGUGUCCGAUUUGUCAAUACGGAUUGGAUCUCUUGUGUAAGCUUCAUUGCCUUGGUCACUCGAGAACGAAGGUUAACGAAGAACACAACAGUAACUCACGAACGAGGGUUUAAGUUUUUUAGUUAUUGGUGUCCUCAAGGGUUGCAGAAAUUUCAAGGGUUGGCAUACUCAACUGCAGUAACUGAUAAUUGAACUUGUGAAGAAGCACAUACUGACUGCAGGACCAAAGCAUUUUCCUUUCACUAUUCCACCUCUACAUCUAUAAAGUCUCCUCACAAACUCGAUGGACAAGGAAUGGACAAAGUUAAACCCCGCGACUAAAGAGUAUCAAAGUGGUCUUGAUUUUUUUCUAGAUUAUGCAUACACCAAAGGAAAACCCCGCGGGAAAGAGAUUUUGUGUCCUUGUGCUAAAUGUUACAAUAGCAAAUGGUUUACGAGGAAUGAAGUAAGAAAUCAUCUAACUGCAUUUGGAUUUCAAAAGGGAUAUGAUAUUUGGGUUCAACAUGGGGAGAAGAAACCGAAACCUAGUGAUCUUAAUGAUAAUAAUAUGAAUCAUAAAGAGGAUAAAAUUGAUGAUAUUGAUGGCCUAUUGCAUGAAAGAUUUAGAGAUGUUGUACAAGAAGAAAAUGAAGUGAAUGUAGGCCUCAACGAAGAUGCAAAAAAGUUCUACAAUCUAGUCGAAGAAGCCAAACAAGAUUUGUAUCCAGGUUGCAAAAACUUCUCUAAAUUGUCGUUCACCAUUCGUCUUUAUUUAUUGAAAUGCCUUUAUGGUUGGAGCAACGUAUCAUUCAAUGCUCUCUUAGAGUUGUUGAGAGAAGCUAUGCCUUCAUUGAACAUCCCUGAUUCGUUCAACAAAACUAAAGGCAUGAUAAGGGACUUAGGGUUGGAUUAUAAGAAGAUCGAUGCGUGCCCUAAUGAUUGCAUGCUAUAUUGGAAAGAUCAAGAGAAUGAUACUUCUUGUCGUGUUUGUGGUGCUCCACGGUGGAAUGAAGAUGUAAAAGGAAAUGAUGAAGUUGAAAAAAAUCAUAAGUCUCAUAAAGCUCCUUUGAAAGUUUUGAGACACUUUCCUUUGAUUCCUAGACUUCAACGGUUGUUUAUGUGUUCAAAGACGGCUAACUCAUUAAGAUGGCAUGAUGAAGAGCGUUCUAAAGAUGGGAAGUUGAGGCACCCUGCAGAUGGUCAAUAAAUAUACAACGAAAUAUAUAUUUUGAGUUACCAUUGUGACAGUCUUCCUUGCAUUUAGUCAUUAAUAUAUAUCUAUUAUUAACUUAUAUAGACAUGUAAAAACCAUUGUCAUGAAGAAGUAUCAACAUUAGUCAAUGUACCCAAAGUUCAAAGGCAGAAUAUUAUUUGAAAAGUAUCAUCCAUCUGGUGAAUGUCCAAUAAUUGUAGUCUAGCUUUUAUUCAGGCUGUGGUAUUUUGAUUGUUCUCUCUUGUAUUUUGUUAUGUUCUUUGACUUUUAUUUACUACUACUAUAUUGUGUACAUUGAGUAUAGUGUUGAUUUUGUAUUCUGUUCUUUUCCUUUUAUUUACUACUAUUUUGUUA